AUGGAUGUGCCUAGGUGCAAACCAGCGCCAGUUCCUUCAGUUGCUGGAAUUGGUCGGAAAAUCGCUGUUGUGGAAGUCGGCCUGCCGGACACGGAUUCAUGGGUGGAUUUGGCUAGUCCACCAUCACGUGCAUCUGUGGUGAGCGGCGGUGAUAAUGGCAGCAUUAUACUUGUGGAUGGUGACGGGGCCGUGGUUGGCACGGACACAAGUGCUGCUCUUGCUUCUGGCGGUGGGGGUACUGGUAGUCCGUUCAGUCGUCUGAGUAUUGCUGUUCGUUACCACAUUCGUUCGUCGCAAGGACGUCAUUCCACUGGCUUGGGUCAGCGAUCCAAGAGAACGGUGGAGUGGCUGGAGAGUUACAACAGUCGUCCGGAGCUGCAUCUCGGUGGUCCAUCACCGGUGCAAACGGAACAAUCGACACCACCGAACAGUCUUGCUCUGGGGCUGGAUAUGGGCGAUCUGGUGUCCGAGAACGAUGAAAUAAGUAUGGCUUCCGAUGAUAACCGUGCAUAUAUGUGUACGUGCCGGAAAAUUCCCGGGGGCGGGCCAUUCGAAAUCGUCGAGAAUGGUUUCUGGAUGUACGGCUCAUCUUCGCCGGGUGGUGGCGGCGGCGGCGGACGUCGCGCAUUGUUGCUAUGUUUGGUGACCAAUCUGGUCACUCUUGCUAUUGGCGUCGCGAUUGGGUAG